AUGCUCGUGGCAUCUCGCGCGCACGCGCGGGUGUGCGCGCACGGACGAGCGCACGUCACGCCCACCGCGCGCGCGCGAUCACGCGCGUCACGCGCGAUAACGACGCGCAGGAAAAGUAACGAUGAUGAUGAUGUUGAUGACGCGCCCGGGACGAAUGAUGAUUUCGAAAGCGUGGACACCCCGGCGUGGGCGAAAGAUUUAACGAUCGAUCCAGAGACUGGUGAUUUGAUCGUCGAGUCCACGGGGAAGCCGCUGAACGAGUUUGGGGCGACGAGGUUUGAUUUAUACGUCAGAGCGUUGCGAGGCGAGUACGACGCCGCGGAUAGCGAAACGCAGACGGAGGAGAAUUCUGUCGGUGAGAUCUUCGAGACGAUUCAGCAGUUCCCGUGUAAGUACACGUAUCAGGUUGUGUGUUUGAAGGCGGACGUCGAGGACGAGGGGUUCGUGCGGUCGGUCGUUCGACGCGUCGUGGGCGGAGACGCGACGGUGAAGGCGGAGGUCGUGAUAAAGGACAGGGGGCACACCGGGAAGUACGCCGCGAUAUGGGCGUCGACGUGGGUGUACAGCGCGAAGGAGGUGAACGAGUGCAUUUUAGAGCUCAAGGAAAAUCCAAAGGUCAUCAUGUGCUAUUAG